AACAAUUGCAGCGUGGAAGAUCAGCAAAUAUGUUACAAAAUUCUUUAAGACCAAAUUUAUACAGCUUAACUUCAAAGAUUAUUUCGAAAUCUGGGACUACACAAAAAUGUCAAAAGAAUGUCUCAUGGUUGUUAAAUCAUGGCAAAUAUAAAAGUUGUUCAUCUAUUCCCAUUUCAUGUUACCCAUUUAGUACAACAUGCUGUCUACAGCAGACUAAAGCGGGUAUUAUUGAAAGUGCAUACAAACCACUAACUAUACCUGACAAUGUGGACUUUGGUUCUUUUAUACUCUCUCAAUUAGAACAAUACAAAGACAGGCCACUCAUUGAAAAUGGUUUGACUGGAGUUAAAUAUUCAUAUUCAGAUGUAAUUUCUAAGUCUUUAAAAGUAGCAAGUGCUUUUAAGAAAUCUGGAUAUAAACCUGGAGAUGUCAUGGCAGUAUUUUCUACAAAUAAUCCCGAAUACUUGCUUGUAUAUAUUGCAGCAGCUGCAGCUGGAUUGACAACUACGACGAUGAACUCAGCCUAUUCAGCAAAGGAGUUGAAAUUUCAUUUGGAGAAUUCUGAGUGCUGUGCAAUAAUAACUACAGAAGAGUUGGUAUCAACGGUUAAGGAGGCUGUGGGUACCAGUGAAACUGUUAAACUGAAGGAAAUUAUUGUGUUUGGGAAUUCACAUGGUUGUCGUCCAUUCUCAACUCUUGUAGAAGAUGACGGAACUGCCUUAACAGAAGUUUACUCUGGCAACGCUAAAGAAGAUGUUCUUGUAUUACCUUAUUCAAGUGGAACAACUGGAUUACCUAAAGGUGUCAUGCUAACACAUCAUAAUAUCGUUUCAAACCUUCUACAACUUACUAUUCUUGAUUUUGAUACUUCUGAUCGAAUCCUUGGAAUUCUUCCUUUUUACCACAUCUACGGAAUGGUCUGCAUACUGUUUAGUAUUAUUACAAGUGGGUGUUCAAUAUACACUUUACCAAAAUUUGAACCAGAAAUUUUCUUAUCUACGUUAAGCAAAAAUAGGAUAACCUGUGCACACUUGGUUCCUCCAUUGAUCUUGUUUUUGGCUAAACACCCUCUUGUAGAAGAUCACGAUCUCUCUGCAAUCAGAAGAAUAUUUUCAGGAGCUGCUCCACUUGGUAAAGAACUUCUGUUAGAAUGUAAGGAAAGACUUGGUGUUCAAGAAAUGAUCCAAGGCUAUGGUCUGACUGAAACAAGCCCUGUUGUUCAUUUGAGUGUACCACCAAUUCGUCACGAAGGUUCUGUUGGAACUUUGAUACCUAAUACUGCUGCAAAGAUAAUUGAUCCUGAAACAAACGAAAUCUUAGGCCCAAUGCAAACGGGGGAGAUAUGUAUCAAAGGUCCACAAGUAAUGAAAGGCUAUUUACACCGACCAGAAGCUACUGCUGAUAUGAUCAGAGAUGGCUGGUUGUAUUCAGGUGAUCUUGCACAUUAUGAUGAGGAUGGACAUUUUUACAUCACAGAUCGGUUGAAGGAGCUCAUCAAAUAUAAAGGCUUUCAGGUGCCUCCAGCUGAAUUAGAAGCUCUACUAAUUACACAUCCUGAUAUUAAAGACUGUGCUGUGAUAGGUAUCCCAGAUGAGAAAGCUGGAGAAUUACCUCGAGCUUAUGUUGUCUGUAACGAUAAAAGCACCAUACGUGAGGAAGAUGUUUUGAAUUUCGUUAAAGCUAAUGUUGCUCCAUACAAGCAGCUCCGAGGAGGUGUGGAAUUAGUAUCUGAAAUUCCAAAAUCAGCAGCUGGGAAAAUACUACGUAGAAUUUUGCGAGAUUCUUAUAAAAAUAAGCUUAAUGACUGAUGGUAAACCUUAUAUUUGUCUUGAUUAAUUACAAUGAGAUGCCUUCAAAAAUCAUCUCUAUCUUAUUCAAAUUAUAAUUCAGUUACAUAUUUCAGAAGACCGAAACAAAAACAAGAAAUAUAUAUAUAUAUAUGUGGGCUAAAACACACACAAAAGAAUUUCAUUCACUAAAUUCUUUUUACUAUUUCUACUAUUUCUUAGGUUUUAAUCAUUGAACUCUUUUUUUUUUUAAAAAUAUCUUUCAACAGUUUUUUGAUGUAGUUUUAAUCAACUUGAUUUCAUUUUUUUUAUACAACAAAAAAUUGUGUAUAUUUGAUUAUACUUUUAGAAUGAUAGCUACAUGUUUAGUAAUAAGCUUCAAUGUCAAGUUAAAUAUUAAGCAUUCCAGUGACUCCAUCAGAAUUCUCUCAAACAUUCGUUUCUGAAUUAAGGUUGAGAAAUGUCUGCAUGUUGUCACUUUAUAUUUUAUUAUACAGAUAGUACAGUAACAUUAUUAAAAAUAUUUAUGUCAUACCCAUUUCCUUACAGUGGCCAAUUCAUAUGAACAUCAUUCCAACAUAUUUUUUAAAUAUAUUUUAUUUGUUUACACAAAGCUCAAGUAUUGCUUGACCACAUUUCAAAAGUAAUUAUUAUUCACUGAUAACAAUCCUUACAUUUGGUUUUCCUUUGGAAGAUAACCUCAGCAGUAUUCACUUCAAUGUUUUUGUAGUGGAGAUUAUUUUCAAUGAAACAAGGCUUUCUGAUAAGUCACUUUCCCUAUUUAAAACACUGCAUAUAGCUAGAUUUGAUUUAUAAACCGGUAGAUUUCAAAUUUCUCUUGAAUAAAAAUGAUACAGCAAAUUAUUACUAAAAAAGGUAGUAUAAUUGUAGUCUUAAAAUACCAAAUUAUUUUAAGUAAAGAAAGCUGUUUAAAUUCAAGACAAUAUUCUGCUUUUCUACAUUGAAACAAUUAUUUUAUUAUAAAUCUUAUUCUAUCAAUAGUUGUGAAUCAUUUACAGUGUUUUGUUUGCUGAAAGCAAAUUAGAUUUUUUCUA